AUGGACUGCUAUUUACGCCGCCUGAAACAGGAGCUGAUGUCCAUGAAGGAAGUGGGUGAUGGCUUGCAGGAUCAGAUGAACUGUAUGAUGGGGGCGCUGCAAGAACUGAAGCUCCUGCAGGUGCAGACGGCCCUGGAGCAGCUGGAGAUCUCUGGAGGGGGUCCUGCCCCAGGUUCUCCCGAAAGCCCCCGGACACAGCUUGAGCCCCCUCAGUGGGAGGGGUCCUGCUCCCCCUCCAACCAAGCUUCUCUUGGCAGCACCAGCAGCGCCAAGUUUCCAUCGCCUAGGAGUGUGUGGGGGAGGGAGCUGGCCACCCCGCCCAGGACACCACUGCCAGAGCCCCAGACCUGUGCCCAGCAGGGGCCGGAGCUGGCGGAACCCGAUGACUGGACCUCCACGUUGAUGUCCCGGGGCCGGAACCGACAGCCUCUGGUGUUAGGCGACAACGUUUUUGCGGACCUGGUGGGCAACUGGCUGGACUUGCCAGAACUGGAGAAGGGUGGCGAGAAGGGUGAGACAGGGGAAGCGGGAGAGCCCAGAGGAGGGAGGGGCCAGCCUCGGGAGCUGGGCCGCAGGUUCGCCCUGACAGCAAACAUCUUCAGGAAGUUCUUACGUAGCGUGAGGCCUGACCGCGACCGGCUGCUGAAGGAGAAACCAGGCUGGGUGACACCCACGGCCUCUGAGCCCCGAGCUGGACGCUCCCAGAAGGUCAAGAAGCGGAGCCAUUCCAAGGGCUCUGGACAUUGCCCCUUCCCAGGUGCCUCGGAGCCCAGAAGAGGGGAGAAUGCUUCCACCAGCUGCCCCAAGGCCCUGGAAUCCUCACCCUCGGGCUUUGAUAUUAACACAGCUGUUUGGGUCUGA